AUGCAGACGACCACUAAAAGACGGACUUCAAUUACUGGCCUCGCCGAAGUUAUUCACACUCCUACUGGUGUGCUUGGGCUGGUGCAGAACAAAAGAUGCCUGGGAUUGGCCUUGUUCGCCUCUCUCGGAGGUGUCCUCUAUGGGUACAAUCAGGGAGUAUUUGGCCAGGUCCAAGUCAUGGCGGAUUUCGAGCAUCGAUUCGCAGCCACCCUUAACAACCCAUCCACCAAAGGCCUCCUAACAGGAAUCCUCGAGCUGGGGGCGAUGGUUGGAGCUUUGAGCAGUAGUCCCCUUGCGGACAAAUAUUCUAGGAAGCUUUCAAUUUCAGCCUGGUGCAUUGUCUUCAUGCUGGGUGUCGCCCUUCAGGUUGGCGCAGCUGUCAACGUCGCCUACAUUUAUGCCGGUCGUUGGUUUGCUGGUAUGGGUGUUGGUGGACUUUCAGUCGUUGUGCCUAUGUUCAACGCCGAGCUUGCGCCUGCAUCCAUUAGAGGUACCCUGGUUGGUCUGCAACAAGUAGCAAUUUGCUUCGGUAUCAUGAUAUCAUACUGGAUCGGAUACGGAACCAACUAUAUCGGUGGAACUACCUACCCGGAGCAAUCAAGCGCAGCCUGGAGAAUUCCGCUUGUACUUCAGCUAGUCCCAGCUAUUGUCCUCUGCAUCGGCUCGUGGUUCCUCCCAUAUUCUCCUCGAUGGCUCAUGCUCGUCAAGAAGGAAGAGGAAUGUCUGACUGUUUUGGCUCAUCUGCGUGUACAAGACCCAAGCUCCCCGACCGUUCAAUACGAAUAUCGAUCGCUCAAAGCAGAAGCUUAUGCAGAGCGUGAGGCCUCUCGACUGCGCUAUGGAACUGAGAAGAAGAAUUGGCGCACGGAGGCCCUGGAGUACAAGCGGAUCUUCACAACAAAGGUACUCCUGCAUCGGGUCGGUCUUGGUGCUGGUGUUCAAGCGUUUGGCCAAUGGUCUGGUAUCAACGCAAUCAUAUAUUACGCUCCAACUGUUUUUGCACAAGUCGGUCUUUCAGGUGGAACUAUUGGAUUACUAGCCACUGGAGUAGUGGGCAUUCUUAUGUUCGUUUUCACGAUUCCGGGUGCGCUCAUGGUGGACAAAGUCGGUCGCAAGCCGAUGCUUUUCUGGAGCUUGUCCAAUAUGGCUAUUUCACAUGCUAUUAUUGCUGCCUUGAUUGCUACCUACGGUGGUAAUUUUGCAGAGCACAAAGCUGCCGCUAAUACCGCCAUCUUCUUCGUCUACUGGUACAUUGUUAACUAUGCAUUGCCCUAUGGACCUGUUGGGUGGAUUAUCACUGCGGAGUCAUCAUCGCUGGAUAUUCGCGCAAAAGGAGUUGCGAUUGGUUCCGCUGUCAAUUGGAUCAUGAAUUUUGCUGUCGCAGAAGUAACGCCUGUCAUGAUCACGAACAUUGGCUACAAGACGUUCCUUGUCUUCAUGUGCUUCUGUGUCCUUGGCCUGCUCUGGGUCCACUUCAUCUUGCCGGAGUUGAAGGGUUUGACACUGGAGGAGAUUGAUGGCGUUUUUGCGGACGAGGUCAGCGCGGAGGAUCGUCUCCGUCGCGAGCGGAUUGCAGAGGAGCUUGGGGUCUAUAACAUGGCGAAUGCUGCCGCGGAUAUGGGUGUUGUGGAUGAGCGCAGAGGGUCGGGCCCUAAACCAGUGGCUGAAAUUGUGGAGGUAUAG